AUGGGGAAGGAUGGCUUUUGCAUUCCAAGAUCUGACACUGGCGGAGUGAAGAGAGACACUUUUACUUCCGAGAUCUUGGAUGCCACAGUGCAAUAUCAGACGUUCCAAGCUUUGAUGCCAGUCAGCUACCGCGUUUGCGCUGAGAAUGGGCACAUGUGCAAAAAUGCUCCAAUGCAAAGGAUUACCCACGGCCAUGGCUCUGGUGGUGUGACGACUUAUGCGACUCGUUCUGAUUGUCAAAUCGGUUGUGUUCCGGCUGCAUGCUUCUUAUCCCGUGCCAACAAGACAGGCCCAAUCCUUUUUGCAGGCACAAGCGGUGAGACAGUGCCGGGUGGGUCCACUAUAACGUCCACCACAUCGCCCAGUUUGGCUGCUGCCAUGGAGAGACGUGCAACAGACAGGAGCACCCUCACGGAGGAAACGUCUUUGGAUAGCGCAAUUGUAGGGAAGACGCCGUGCCAUGGGGGACGGACUCAUUGUCGUGGAGAUGCAGCAGGAAACCAAUUCUGCUAUCCCAAUCAUGAGACCUGUGAUAGUUAUUGCGCGGAUGAUGAUGCUGACCCUCGCCCCACUGACAAUUGUGAGCUCAUGAGGACGUGGACGGAUCUCAAAAGUUUUGAGUUACAUGGGUCCUCUUAUUCAGCAUGGCUUUGUGGAUGGGAAUCUGAUGAUGAUAUGAGCAAGAUUUGGAUGCCCAACUCCAAUCUGAUGGCCACCAUUGAUCGCUUGGUGAAAAUCUUUACCAACAAAACUGGUCUGGGAGCCGUGCUGAGACCCUACAUCCAGGGCACGACGAGGUGGAAGUCAACGGUUCGUGCCGGCUGGGACUUCCACAUCCUUCGUCUGCCAAGAUCCAGUUUCAUCAACUCAGAUGAUGGAAAGAUGAUGAUCUAUACCCAGCAAAUUGGACAAAAUUGCAACUGGUACAAGGAUUCUGGUGGCUGCGCUGGCUAUGAUGAGUUUAAAAGUGGUGAGUACAAAGGACGCUGUGGCAAUGAACCUUGGAUCAAUGAGCCCUGUGGCACUGAAGCGCAAGCACCUUUGCUGCCGGUCAGAUCUUGCAAAACCUACACAUCGUCAAAAGACUAUUGCAACAAAUGGUGCAAUACCGGCGGUAGAUGGGGAUGUGGCGUUGCAAGCGAUGGUGAAGUCACUUGUGACUGCUCAGGGUGCAAUGGCUGCCCAGUAUGUGAGACCGUGGUUGUCGGCCCUCACCAGGUUCCUGUUCCUUCCUCCGUUCGUGCCAACUUGACCAACUCGUCCUUCAGGUGUCCUGCAACAGUGGACAAGUCUAACUGGCUCAACGGUGACACCAGUGAUGAUCGUUUUGAGGUCACCAAAGAGGUGCACGGUGGGGUCACUCAAGUCGUUGUGCGGCGAAUUGAACACUCCAGUUCUGCCUGGCUAGUGAACUUGGCAUUCCAAUGCUGUGACAAGCUAGCGCAGCUUUGCUGGGCGUGA